AUGAAAUCUUUCAAUCUGUUUCCAAUGGUCAUUGCGGCCUCUAUCGGCUUAGUAUCGUCCAGUCCAAUCCUUGAAGCCCGUGCAGCUCAGUUGGAGAUUGUUCACCAAUUCCCCAAUUUCACGUGGAUUGAAAACAUGGCCGUUCGAUCCAAUGGAGAGAUUCUAGGCACUGAUAUCAGUGGCAGCCAAAUCUACCUCGUUGAUCCUCACCGCACUCAAACCGAUCCUCCUGUGAUUGCUCAGUUUGCCAAUGGCACUCGUAUCGCGGGAAUUGUGGAGGUGCAGGAAGAUGUCUUCUAUGUCCCCAGUGUUCAGGGAGACGUUUACCACUUCAAAUUUCUGCCUAACGCCACUGUGGUCUGGGAGAGCGAUGCUACAAGAAAGGAUCUCAAAUCUCGGUUCGCAAAAUUGCUGAAAUUCCAGAGGCUGCCUGUGAAAGGUGCACGCGUAGAGUUCGGGGUCAAUGGCGUCCAUGUCGCGAACUCGGUUCUCUAUUUCAUCAACACAGAUCUCGGUGUUCUUGGAAAGGUUCCUAUUUCAGUCGAUGGUAUUCUGACCGGCUCGCCCGUCAAUAUUUCCACAAGUGUUCCUGCUGCCGACGACUUCGCCAUGGACAGUUCUGGAAACUUUUGGGUCACCGAGAAUGUGCGAAACACUCUAGUUCGUGUUUCUCCUGACGGGUUGGUCCAAACCAUUGCUGGCGGAUCCAACUCGUCUGACUUGUUCGGGCCUGUGGCCGCAGUCUUUGGUCGUGGUAUCCAUCACCAUAACACUUUAUACAUUUCCACUGAUGGGCUCUCCGUAAGCGGCAGUGGAGUAUCUCUCACUACCAAUGGCAAGGUCGUUGCAAUUGACACGAAGGGCUGGUAA